AUGGAGGAAACCUCUGUGCUUCUCUGGAAGGGGUGUACCCCAUUGCAGGGGCUUCUGCUCACUGUCUCCCUGUUAACCUUCUGGCACCUGUCUACCACUGCCCAUGUGACCAUUGAAUCACUGCCACCCGAAGUGGCUGAAGGAGAAAAUGUCCUUUUCCUUGUGCGUGAUCUUCCAAAGAAUCUUGUCGCCUUUGCUUGGUUCAAAGGGCAAACAAAUAUAACACGAGGAAUUGCAUGGUAUACAUUGGACAACAAUUUACGUGGGCCAGGGCCUGUGCACAGUGGUAGAGAGACAGUGUAUCGCAAUGGAUCCCUGCUGCUCCAAAAUGUCACCCAGAAGGACACAGGACCCUAUACCCUACAAAUUUUUAAUAGACACAGAAAACUCAUUUCAACAACAUCUAUUUACCUCCAUGUGCACGCUUUCCUUUGGAAGUGUGGGCGUCUUGCUGCCUCUGGCCAGUUGAGCAUUGAAUCAGUGCCACCCAUUGCUGCUGAAAGGAAAAGUGUUCUUCUCCUUGUUCACAAUCCCCCAGAGAAUAUUGUAGGCUUUGUCUGGUUCAAACGAAUGGCUGUGUACAAGAACCUUGUGGUUGCCCGACAUAUGCUAGAUAGGAAAUCAACUGUGUGGGGGCCUGCAUAUGGUAGUAGAGAGACCUUGUACAAUGAUGGAUCCCUGCUGCUUCAUGGUGUCACUCAGAACACCCGUGGAGUGUACACUCUACAAAUUCUGAGAACAGACAUGAGAAGUGAAGAAGCAGAAGUACAACUCCAGGUGGACACUCCGCUUUCUCUAUUCUGCAACCCUCUCACUUCUUCCGAACCCAUGAUCCAACUGGAGCCUCAAUAUGCUGCUGAAGGGGAAGACGUACAUUUACAAGUUCAUAAUCUUCCAGAAGAUAUGCAAUCCUUUUCUUGGCACAAAUCAAAGUAUGGGACUGAGGUUCUUAAAAUUGUAGAAUACAACAGAGCCAUGAAUUCCACCUCCUGGGGGCCUGCACACAGAACAAGAGGGAUGGUGUUCAAUAAUGGAUCCCUGAUGCUCCAGGAUGUCACUGAGAAAGAUGCAGGAAUAUACACACUAGAAGUUUCAAAGAAAGAUUCCAAAAUUGAAAAAGCAUAUAUGGAAUUUUAUGUAAAGAAGUAUGUGUCACAGCCCUUUGUGCAAAUCUCUGAUACCACAGUUGCAGGACGUAGAUCUGUGAUAUUCACCUGCAUUUCACCUGAUACCGAUGUCUCUAUCCGUUGGAUCUUCAAUAACAAGAAUCUGAAGGUCACUGAGAGGAUGACUCUGUCCCCGACAAAGUGUGGACUCAGAAUAGAUCCUGUUGGGAAUGAGAAUGCUGGAGAGAUGUCUAAGAGAAUAUUGAAGAAAAGUGGCCACCGCAGCAUCCUUGUCUUGAUCCUGGUCUUCAAGGGAAAGCUGUCAGUGUCCACACUGAGGACUGAGUUGGCUGUGGAUUCGCACAUGUGCUGCUAA